UCCAUCAUGACAGAGGACGAGGAGGACUGGGAGGACUACUGCAAGGGCGGCUACCACCCCGUACACAUCGGCGACGCUUUCUCCGACGCCCGCUACAUCGUCGUCAGAAAGCUCGGCUGGGGCCACUUCUCCACAGUCUGGCUCGCGAAGGACACAAGACUCAACCGGCACGUCGCCCUCAAGAUCGUCAAAUCAGCCCCUCGCUACACAGAGACCGCCCUCGACGAGAUAAAGCUCCUCCAGCGCCUCAUCACAUCCUCCACUCCUCCCACUCACCCCGGGCGAUCCCAUGUCAUCUCCUUCCUCGACCAUUUCCGCCACAAAGGCCCCAACGGCACCCACGUCUGCAUGGUCUUCGAGGUCCUCGGCGAGAACCUGCUCGGCCUCAUCAAGCGCCAUCAGCGCAAGGGCGUCCCGCAGCACCUGGUCAAGCAAAUCGCAAAGCAGAUCCUCCUCGGCCUCGACUACAUGCAUCGUUGUUGCGGCGUGAUCCACACCGACUUGAAGCCUGAGAACGUGCUCAUAUGCAUCGACGAUGUCGAAUCCAUCAUCCAAGCCGAGCUUGCAGCCUCGACUGCAAACGCGACUCCCCCGCCCACAAAGCUCGUCGGCGUCCCUCCCUCCCGCGGUCGCGGUGGAAACCAGACACCCCGCUCCGAGUCCGUCUUCAUCACCGGCUCGCAGCCACUCCCCUCGCCGUCCUCGUCUCACGGCGCGUCCCCGAUGCUCGACAAGUGGGCCUUUGGCAUGAGCAAGAUCGACAACAGCAAGCCGAGCUCGCUCACCGCAGACGAACCUGAGAAGCGCCCGCGCGGGCUGUCCGCUGAGAUGGACAGCGCGUCCGAGCGCAUCUCGCAGCUCCUGCGUGAUCCGGGCUUCGGCGAGAAAUCCUCCUCCGCGAACUCUAAGCCCUCUGGACCGUCUCUGCUCUCCCAACAAGCGCCCCGUCACCCCCAGGACCACCCACCAAUAUCCGAAAAAGGCAAGGCCGCCGAGUCGCCGCCCGCCGAAGCCCCUUCGCUGUCGACCUCCGCCAUGUCUCUGGAGGCGGGUACAAGCGUCUCGCCUGGGACGCUCGAGGGCGUCGAGCGCAUCACGGUCAAGAUCGCUGACCUGGGCAACGCAACGUGGGUCGAGCACCACUUUACAGACGACAUUCAGACGCGACAAUACCGGUGUCCGGAAGUUCUGCUUGGCGCGCGGUGGGGUCCGAGUGCUGAUAUAUGGAGCGUGGCUUGUGUGUUGUUCGAGCUCCUCGCUGGCGGGGAUUACCUCUUUGAUCCGCAGGCGGGCUCCCGAUACAGCAAGGACGAAGAUCACAUCGCGCAGAUAAUCGAGCUCAUGGGCGAAUUUCCACCCAGUCUUGCCUUUUCGGGAAAGUACAGUUCCCGAUUUUUCAAUCGAAAGGGCGAGUUGCGCCACAUCAACAAGCUGCGAUUUUGGCCGCUCCAGGACGUCUUCCGCGACAAAUACGAGUUUUCGAUCGAGACCGCCGACACCAUUGGCUCGUUCCUGAACCCCAUGCUCCGCCUCAACCCAGAGAAGCGGGCGGGCGCGGGCGAGCUCAUACACCACCGCUGGCUGGACGCAGUCGUCGUCCAAGGCGAGGUGGACGUCAUCCGCCGCGCGGAGGAGGAAGAGGCACGGCGGCGCGCGCUGACCGCCCCAUCCGCCGUGAACGGCGCCGCCCCACCCAAUCUCAUCGAGCACGAUUCCGACGCAGACGCCCUCAAGCCCGUCGAUGACGAG